CUUCCGACGUUGUGGGUCGCUUUCUUCCCAGUCGCAUAGUAGUAGGCAAUGCUUUUUUCAAGCCUCCGACAAGCUCUCAUACAUCGUGUGGCAACGGACUCUAAGUCGGGUAGGUUCAGCACCAUGCUAGUACUGUGUACUUUCCCAGGAAAGAGGGAUUCAAAAUAGUCUGAGAGGGCCUUUUCACUUCGAAGUUCAUGGGGGAUGUUCUCUACCAUCAGAGAGUAAUGAUGUUGUGGAUUGAUGAAGGUAGUUCCACGUGCAAGGAAAUCCAUUCGUAAUUCAAGAAAAUGUCUAUACUCUUGCUUCAUGACAAAGCAAACGAAUCCGCUGAAUAGAUAAGCAAAGAUUGUUGGGAUCCAUAGGCGCCAGCUCUUGUCCCUUAAAUUUGCAACACUUAUGUGAUACCAGCCUUGUUGAUCAUUAUUAUAACCACCAGCGUAGCAUUCUAUCAGAAAAAGGAAUGCCCAUAUGCAGGUUACCGAACAAAUUCUCAAAUUCAUUCGUACGUAUCUCAAAAAGAAAUAUCCAUCGAGCCCUGCGUGUUUACGGACAACAUCCCAAGGCACAUCCAGGACAUUGAAAACCCAAUUCAGUGAAAUCACAUCCGGCAAAGAAUAAGAGCGACUUUUUGGAAUUCUUAAAGAAGAUGAUUCAUCAAAUCUCGAGUCCCUGCUCAAACCCGACAAAUCCGACGACCCGGUUCCAUCAGAAUUCAGCUUUAAGUAAGAAUCAGAAUCAUCUUCGUGGGUAGCAUUGCAAACAUCGGUUUUGAAGAACGACUCUGUAGACUUUGAUGUCUCACUCGUUUUCCAUCCCCCACCAGUCAUUUUAAAUUGUCGUUUAAUUUGAGAAGAAUAGACACUCGGAAGCAACCUCCGUAAGCAUUCAUAUAAGAGCAUGAUUGCAAUGAAUAGGACACCAUUCAAGUAAAUUGAUGUCAACACAGUAUCCACCGUUAUAUCUUCGACCUUUUCGUAGCUGGAGGUGAAAUCAUCCUGGGUAGAAUAUACAUUAGUCAAAUUACCCCAAAAGUUGCUAGAAUCAGUGGUAUCGUCAUCAGUGCUGAAAUACUUGUAACCGAACAUCGUUCGUUUGAGUGACAACAGCCUCUACUCCCCGUGCUUCCGAUUUUCUUUCGUCUCUUAUUCGUCCUCCACCUCUAUCGAUACUAGUGGGGUUGGAUGUCUUGGCGUUGCCUUUUUAAAAGUAGAAUCAUGGAUUUUCACCUUGCGCUUUCGCAGUUAUCUUACGCAAUCAGUUUCGAAGUAUCGUAAUCAUAACAUAUCAGUUUGUUGCUCCGAAUUCUUGAUUUGUCUGAUCUCAUGUUUUUAAUCGUCUACCGUACAGUAACAGAUAAAUGUACGGUGCUGUACGUAUAAACCAGUACGUACUUCUACUUCAUAACCGCUCGUGGAAGUACGAAUACGAGCAUAACGAAUAACGAACGGAGUUACGCGUAAGCAAGACUACGACAGUACCCGAAAUGGCAAUAAUUUUGAACUCUGUAUUUCAAUUCCUCAAUCCAUUCCCGAUCGCCGCAAAUUUAUUUUCAAUUUUUUGAAAAAACCUGCGAGUAGGCUGGCAGCCUCUUGCACGUCUGUCGCACAUUCAGAACCCACGAUUGUACUGCAUAAUCAACUUCAUGUAGUCUGUCCGUCAACUUUGAAUAGCGCUGUUGAGGUCUUUGAAUAGUCACGUUCCAGGUAUUCGAAGGUUACCGUACAGCAUCUCACUGUAUUUACGGGUGGUUUGAGAACAGAACACAUUGCUCCAACAUGAUGAUGCACACCCCUCUAAAUUUAUGACCCCUGUAAAAGGGCAGGUACGUUUGCAUACCGUACCUGUAAUAAGCUGUUGCACUCGUAUUUUCAGAGGUUGAUGUACGGACGUUAAUUUGCUCAUUUCAAUCGGCGCGGUGGUAAUACAACCGCUGUCGCAAUCUCAAUCGUGGCGAAUGUCAUCAGUGCCUCCCCAUCCAAAAAAGGCACUGGUCCAACAGGCUUCACGUACCGGUACCGUAAAUUUCAGAACAGAUACCGAAAGCAAAAAAUCGCUCCAAGUUUACCCCCUUCUACGACAGCAGGCUACGACCGUACUGUCGUACAAAAGCAGUCAAACAGGCAUGAAAUCUCACAUCGCAGUCGUACACACCGCCACUCCAGACAUACAACCUCUUCGAUCCUCGGCAAACCCGCAACUCUUCCUUUGCAUGUGCUGUAUUGGUAUUUAGUUUCGUGAUAUUCUUCGCUUGGCAACUCAGGAUACCUGUACAAGGACUCGCACUACAAUGAGUACGCAACCAGUUGCCAACAAUAUUUCUAGUCUCUCGACUAACGGUAGCAGCGAUCCGACCGCGAAGAACAAGCCAACCUUAGAUGCCAAUGGUGUCGGCGUGGUUGCAGGUCGUGGUAGUAUUAGUAGCAUGAAGGUGCAAGAUUUUAUGUCGUACUUGGCAAAGGAAGCCAAUAUUUCUAACAUGACAGUAGAAACAAACGAUGGGAGACGCAUCAGUGCUACCUUUGAACAAGGGGUUGAUGAUACAACGAACCAGCCACUGCCCAGUCCGGCAGAUCUCUCGGAAGCAAAUGGCAAUGGCAAUGCAGUCGUGAAAGAAGAGCCAUUGGACGGAAAGAAGGACGAGAAAGACGGAUGCCAAAAUGCAAGUGCAUUAAUGUCGCCAACCAAAAGAGAUAUUGCAGCCACUAUGGCGAUGAUGGGAGCAAAUAAAGACGCUUCGACAUCAGGUGUUGCAGUACAAGGACCCGAUCUAGAAACGCAUGCUUCCCUACAGUGGGCUGUCAAUUACAGAAAUAAGCACGUGGCAGUCACAUACUCCAGUAUUGGGGCUGGAAAUAGCUCUUUGCUUACAAAUGGAAGCGCCCACAAGACAAACGGAAAUAGUAGUGCCUUGCCACCGAAGAAACGGGCCGCUAAACAAGAAGAGGGACCAUCCGAAAGUGCCGACGAUUGGAAUCCAAUGACAGCGUUGGCGGAUGCCGCCACUGUUGUACAACGAGAACACGUUCAAGUCCCGCAAGGAGUUCCCGGUAUUGCUAUAGCCCAAGCUCAAGCAGAAUUUGCAAAAUCCAUGGGGAAAAGCUUUCCGCCUGCAGCUCAAAAGAAAAAGACUGCCAAACGUAAAUCGCGAAAGAUUGUUCCAGAAGUCAAAGUUUUCGUCGACUUUAACCAGAAAGAUGUUCUUUUUGGUAGAGGGGGACGAAGCAAUCGUAAGUGAUCUUCACGCAAAAAAGAUUACUGCCUUCCGCAUUUUCCUCUUAUCCCUGCAUUUUCUCCUUUUGAUUGUUGUUGUUCUUGCUGUUUUAUUUUUUAGAUCAUCCAGGAAACAAGACCUACAGGGACAUUGUCACAAAGCAACAAAGUUUCUACCGUGGCUGUGACAAGAACGAAAAAACCAAGGUCGCGCAGGGAAUCGUGGAUCACAUUCAAAAUACUGUUGGAGGCCGAUUUUUGGAAUUGGAUAGGGAAGUCAAGCAAUGGUUUCUGGUGCCGAAUGUCGUUGCCAGGAGAAAGGUCGGGCAGGCUCUUCGUGAAAAUAAUACUGAGGAAGCUAGAGCUGCCAAGCGAGCGAAGUAUCAGAAAAGACUGAACAGUAACAAGAACUUUGAUGCUAGUGAGGGUGGAGACAAUACUUAUCCCAAGGCACCAGUUGUCCCCGGUGACAUUGCCAGAGAUUCUAAUAUGCAAGUCGUUGCUGUCAAUGGCAGCGCUAGCACUGCUAUCUACCCAAUAGUUGGAACCACCGGAACAUAUACACGUAGCUUCCAGGUUGAAGAUUCUGAGAGUAGCAAUAGGGUUGAAGUUUAGAAGUAGUACUUAACAACUCAUUGAAGAUCAUGAAUUAUUUUUACAGCAUGCCUCGCGGCUUUCAGACAGAAUUUGUUCAUCUUGGUAUGGAAUAAUUAAAUACACGUUGU